CAACCACUGGCACACUGGAGAGGUUCUCAGUUUUCAAGAAGACCACUUUUCGAGUUUAUUCAAUUUAACUUGACUUUAACAGUCAACAUCCGGACAGCAACAUGACGCUGGAUAUUCAGCAAGUUUUAAUUAGCGAUCCAGUCGAUCCGAUUUGUUCGCAGAUUCUCCAAAACCAUGGCAUAAGCGUCACCUAUGCUCGACAGUGGACUAAAGAGCGUCUGCUACAGGAGAUUCAGAAUUACGAAGUAUUGAUUGUACGCUCCGAGACGAAAGUGACGGACGAAGUCCUUGCUGCCGCCACCAAAUUGCGUUUGGUGGGUCGAGCUGGAACGGGACUGGACAAUGUCGACAUUUCAGCCGCUACGCGUCGGGGCGUCCUCGUCAUGAACACACCCGGGGGAAAUACGAUGAGCGCAGCCGAGCAUACGUGUGCCAUGAUCGCAGCUCUUAGUCGGCACAUACCGCAGGCUUGUGCCGCCCUUAAGAAUGGAGUUUGGGACCGGAAAACUUACAUGGGUAACGAGCUGCAUGGUUCAACUUUGGCGAUCCUCGGGCUGGGACGAAUUGGCCGUGAAGUCGCCAUCAGAAUGCAAGCAUUCGGCAUGAAGACUAUCGGCUACGAUCCUGUUAUUAGCAAAGAAUCAGCGGCUGAAUUUAAAGUCGACAAAAUGGAAUUGGAGGAAAUCUGGCCGCUGGCCGACUACAUCUCCGUUCACACGCCUUACAUGCCUCAGACGCACCAUCUAAUCAAUGCCGAAGCGCUGAAGCGUUGCAAGUCUACGGUGCGCAUUAUCAACAUUGCCCGCGGAGGGAUCGUCGACGAGGCCGCCCUGCUGGACGCUCUGAUCUCCGAUCGUUGCAAAGGUGCUGCCCUGGAUGUCUUUGUCCAAGAGCCACCGAAAGAGGGGACGACCACCUGGCAAUUGAUCCAGCAUCCGCGCGUUGUCUGCACACCGCAUCUGGGCGCUUCAACUGUCGAAGCUCAGGAGCGAGUGGCUCGGGAAAUCGCCGAACAACUUAUCGACCUGGCAGAGGGUCGUCAAGCUGUUGGCAUUGCCAAUGCGCCAAACCUGGCCCGCUCAAUGGUCGAACGUAAUAAGCCCUGGAUGCAACUAGCUCAAGCGCUGGGCUAUUUGGCCAACUCCCUGGCCGAGGGGAGUUUACAUCGUCGCCCAGCUGAAGCCGAAACGAACGUGGAAUUGAUCUGCUGCGGCGAAGGGACUGAAGAUGUCAACCUGCUAGCCAGCUCUGCCCUCGUCGGUCAUUUGAACGGCAUGAAAGCCAACGGAAUCAACAUUAUUAAUGCAGCGAUCCUGGCCCGUGACGCCGGAUUGGUUACUAGCGCUAGGCAUAUCAACUCGCCCAAGGAUUUGUCGUUACGGGAAGACCUGGACAAACUUCUUCAGUUGACUGUGACUCGCGAUUCGUACAGUAUUCAUCUGAUCGGUAGCGUCCAGGGAGGCAAUCCCGUCUUGUAUGCAAUCAACGAUUGCUGGUUCCCGUUUGGUGCGACGCUCUCCGGUAACGUGUUGCUCUUCAACGGAAAACAGCCGGACACCACUUUGACUGCGCUGGUCGGCGCGCUGGCAACUUCAUCCGUCGGCGUCUCUGCUUUGAUGUGCACACGCCCCGGAACUUCUUGCUGGUUGGCCCUGCGUACGGGGGAAACGUUCCAAAAUCCGCAACAAUUCAACGGACCCGACGCAACUUUCAUCGCUCAAUUAGUUUUUUAGUUAUCUACACAGUUGUCCAUCCCACGCGAGGAUCAAGUUUGAAAUGUCAUAGUGCUAACGCUUUUUACUUCUCUUAUAUUUUGUAUUCCUGAGUUGCCUAUAUAAGAUAAGACUCAAAUAUACUGCAUCGUUUCUA